CUAUGUGUGUAAUUUACCAUAAUAAUAAUAACCUUCCCCGCCCUGACUCGUUGUGACUUGUCAGAUUGUAAGUUGUCUCAGGUAGGAUCAAAAAGAGUUCAGGCCAACGCAUAGCAACGCACCAUAAAAUCCCACCGCUACGCCUCUCUCUUGACUGAGAGAAAUGGAGGCAUUAUUGGUGAAUUACGUUGAGAAAAGCCUGGAGCAAUACAUGCGAAGAAACGCCGUUUUCCUCUGCGAACGCCUCUACGCUGAGUUUCCUUCCGAGGUGAAUUUACAAUUAUUGGCUAGAUGUUACUUGAAUAAUAAUCAACCUCACUCUGCAUAUUACAUUCUUAAAGGUAUGCAAAUGGCUCAGUCUCGUUACUUGUUUGCAAUUGCGUGCUUAGAAAUGGAUCUCUUUUGUGAAGCGGAAGCCGCAUUGCUGCCUGUUAAAGAUCUAUGUGCUGAGGUUCCAAAUGGUGCUGCCGUGCAAUAUCUUCUCGGCAUUAUUUAUAGGGACACCGAUAGGAAGAACAAGUCUAUUGAACACUUCAGGAAGACUUUGUCAAUUGACCCUAUGUUUUGGGCAGCAUACGAGCAACUUUGUAUGCUAGGUGAGGCAGAGGAAGCUGCUGUUUGCUUUGGUGAUGCAACUGUUCCUUGUGUUCAAGAGCAUUACCUAGGCAAUGCAUCAAGUUGUUUACAAAUAGCUGAUACUGAUCAUAGCUCGGAUUCUUCUCAAAGAUUUGGCUUAGAAUAUUUGAGUCGAAGCGAUUUAAAGCAAAGGGAAGGGAACAAUAUCAGAGUUAUGUGUGAGAAUAAUCAUGGAGGACCUAUUUUAACAGGAGCUGUUAGGCAAAGUAAAAACAGCUGUUGCAGUACAUCAUUUUUAAGUACUCCUUCCCCUGUUCCCACACAACUAUCGGAUGUGGCUCCACCACCUCUAGUUAGAAACAUACAUCUUCGUCAAAGUGAAGACUCUCUAAGACCUAAUACUCAAGCUCGAGGGAAAUUUGCUUGUGAUAAUGAAUCAGCACAGAUUCGUGGCAGUUUAUUUUUCGAUUCAGGACUUCGUAGAAGUGCUAGAUUAGCUGUAGGGCACAGAAGCUUGAACACCUCACAAGGAUCAGAAAAUAAAGCAAAAAGUUUGCAUGCUUCUACUAAAUUAAGCUCUGAGACUUGCUCUUCAACAUUUUAUCAAGGGAAAUUGAUGGAAACUUAUGAGGUUGCUGUAUCAGAGUUCGGAGCAACUUCUUCAUCAUUAUCUUCGACAACUGAUGUUAAAUCCAUUCAGCAUGAGAUAGAAAAUACAAAACUGAGCAGCUUUAUCUCAGAUAGUGCAACAAUUAAAUCUGGUAUCUCAAAUACAAUGAAACUCCUGAGAACUCUUGGGGAGGGCUAUAGGCAUUUGUGUAUGUUUAGAUGUAAGGAAGCUUUAAAUGUCUAUCAAAAGCUCUCAUCAAAGCAGUAUAAUACAGGCUGGAUUCUUUCCCAGGUUGGGAAAGCAUAUUUUGAGCUAGUAGAUUACUUAAAUGCUGAUUAUGCCUUUAGUCUUGCGCGCCAAAUAUCUCCUUACAAUCUGGAAGAGAUGGAUGUAUACUCCACAGUUCUUUAUCAUUUGAAACAAGAUAUGAAAUUGAAAUACUUAGCUCAGGAGAUGAUAUUAGUUGAUCGUUUUGCUCCACAAACAUGGUGUGCUAUUGGGAACUGCUAUAGUUUGCAGAAGGAUCAUGAAAGUGCACUCAAAAGUUUUCAGCGAGCUGUGCAGCUGAAUUCUAGAUUUGCAUAUGCUCACACUCUUUCUGGUCAUGAGUAUGUUAUCAUGGAGGACUAUGGAAAAGGUGUGGAGUGCUACCAGACAUCUCUUCAUGUUGAUGCAAGACAUUAUAACUCCUGGUAUGGGCUUGGGAUGAUCUAUCUCUGCCAAGAGAAGUUUGAAUUUGCGGAGCACCAUUUUCGCCAGGCUUAUCAGAUAAAUCCUCUUUCAUCAGUUAUCAUGUACUAUUUAGGAACCACUCUAGAAGUAUUAAAGAGGAGUGAGGAAGCUUUGGAGAUGAUGGAGACAGCUAUUGUCAUUGACAAUAAAAAUCCACUUCCGAAGUACAGCAAAGCAAAACUGCUGUUGACACUUGGAAAGUUGAAUGAAGCCUUGGAAAUUUUGGAGGAACUUAAAGAGUGCACCCCUCGUGAAAGUUGCAUUUAUGCAUUGAUGGGUGAAAUUUAUAAACGGAAUAAAAAGUAUGAUAAGGCAAUGCUUCAUUUUGGAAUUGCUUUGGACUUAAAACCAUCUAUAGUUGAUGUUGCUAAAAUAGAGGCUGCCAUCGAAAAGUUAAUUAUACCAGACGAAAUGGAGGAGAGCCUGUAGCAAUUUGUCCAUAGUCUCGGAGUGAACUUGUUUGAAUGCAGAGUCCCUGUUGUCUGAGGUACUUGACAUGCUACGCGAUGUGGUUGUAGAUGUCCGGAAGACAUCUACAGACGAGCUUCAUCCCAAAUUGAUCAGGAAGUGAGUAGCAGUUUAAUUUAUGCUCCGUCGCUUCGGGGAUAUCUGAUAAAAUUAGAACAAUACAGAGUUUAAUUUAUGCUCCAAGCUUGGUUAUGAGUAAACCUGGGACUAGCUUAACUUCCAUUUAUAUUUCAUGCCUGCAAUGCACAUAUUGUUUUGAUCAACAAUGAGUUGUUCAAUAGCCUUUAAUCCCAAAUGUGGUUUUUUGCCUUUUCAAUAGUAAUCAAUAGCUUGGGAUAAA